GGCGACGUCGUCGACGGUCAACGGCAAUAACAUGCGCCGUCCGUGACAACAGUGCGCCGUGGCGAAGUGACGGAUAGAAGGAUGGAUAAAUAGAAACACGCACGCGCGUAUGUGUGUGUGUGUGUGCAUGUAUGUGUGUGCGUGUGUGUGUCGCGCAUCGCACACAACGUGAGUAAAACGUGCAAUGAGUACGAAGGAUAAAUAGAUUGGACACAUGUGUCACAUAUUCGGGAUUGGCGCUUCGAUUGGAAGUUCGUACGACUCAGCUCUCGAGGUCCGUUAUGGAUCAUCGGCCUGCUGCUAUAUCCGUGACCGCUGCGCGACUUGAGUCCACUGUUUUCGUCGCGCAUCAAAUUUGCGGCUAUACGUGAACACAUCGCGCUGAAAGCCGUCGUCGUCGCUGCGGUAGGACGAGAGAAAGAAGAAGAAGGAGGUGGUAAGAGAAACGGCGAGACCCCGGAGGAACGAGAGAGGGGAGAUAGGAGAGUAGGUAGAGGAAUCGGAGGGAACUUGACUGCGAGGCGGAGGAGGAAGAGGAGGAGGAGGAGAAGGUGGCGGCGGCUCUCUCGUUUGAGGAGACUCGGAACGGAGGACAGGACAGUGCGUGCGGAUCUCGGCGUAAACGCGAUUUUUUUUCUACCGCGAAAGCGCGAGAGAGGCAGAGCGAGGAAUUCGCGAACAAAGAACAGAAGAGGGAAAGGAGAGGAGAGAAGACACGGCAGACAGCGAGGAGAGAAAGAAAGAAGAGGGGCUUUAUCAUGUUGUGUGUCGAAGUGGUGGCGUCGCGACGGAUUGCGAAUUGCGGCGGUAGUCGCAUCGUUGUCUUCGUCAGCGGCGUAUGGCAGCGGCGGGAGGGACGAAUAUAGGGAGGAAGGAAGGACGCGGUAAACGUUAACUCUCUUGCGGGUGAGAGAGACAGAAAGAGAGCGUAGCGACGAAGAAAGGAAAAAGCGUGAGAAACAGAGAGAGAGAGAGAGAGAAAGACAAAAACGCGGCCCUUUGGGGGGUUGGAGCGAGAAACCCCCCGUUUUGUUUUUGGCACAACAGAGAGAUGGAUUUGCAUCGCGAUUCAGCAUGUUGCGUUAAUGCGCGGGAUCGUGGUGGAGACGACGAGAAGAACCGCGUCGCAACAGCGAGACUCGCGACGACAAUACACCGGGGUCAAGUGACAUGGAAAUGGGAUCGCGAGGAAGCCCACGUGUGCCAGUUGUUCUAGUGUCCGUGUCCUGCUCCGGCGUUCGCGACAUAAAUAAUAAAGAAAAACGCGAACGUGAACAGUGUCGAAGGAUAUAAAUACCGUGAGUGUGUGUGUGUGUGUGUGUAUGUGUGUGUGUAUGUGUGUGUGUGCGCGCAGCACAAUAUCAAGGAACGUAAAAUACUUGUCAUACCCGAUUCGAAUAUCGAGGGUGUGCAUAUACGUUUAAACUGGCUAUCAGUUCGUUUGUUCUCAUCAUUGAUGACGUUCGAAAUACACGUGCAGUAAUAAUAACAAUCGCAACAACAACAACAACAACAACAACAAUAAUACUAAUAAUAAUGGAGACACUAUUACCUGGUAACACUGCCACCAGUCAGUCAUACAGUCCGCAAUUAAAGACUGUGCUCAAGACUUAUCAGCUGUCAGCUGUGAAAAGCCUGCAGGGUCCCAGCUCCGCUCUGCUGGACUGUAAAUCGGUUCUGCUGCACGAACAGCAGUCAGCGACUCCGUGCUUCUCGCCGCCGGCGAGUCGUCCGACGGUUACUUGCAGUUUGGAGUCACCCGGCGAGCCGAAGGAUGUCAUCGUCGAGAAAGAGGGUCGCGAGACAUCGACGCGUCCAUUGACGCCUGUUACAAAAGCGCCCUGCUCGCUCGAGGACUCGGACGAGGAUCGUCCUGCGACGGAACGUCAGAAGAACGCGUGCGACAAGCGCGAGCUUGAGUUCCAGAUACCAAUACUGACGGCGCCCGAUCAGAGCCGUUCCGAGAGACGCGAGACCGUUCUCGAGGGCGAGAGGAUCUCGUGCUUCGAGGUCGGCGGCGAGAAGAGGUUAUGUUUACCACAGAUACUGAACACCGUACUACAGGAUUUCACUCUGCAGCAGAUCAAUCAGGUGUGCGACGAGUUGCAGAUCUAUUGCUCGCGCUGCACGCCCGAUCAGCUUGAGGGCCUGAAACAAUCCGGCAUUCUGCCGCACAACGCACCGUCCUGCGGUCUCAUCACUCAAACCGACGCCGAAAGGCUCGUUAGUGCUUUGCUCUUACGGACAGAUUCGUGCAAGUCUUCCCAGAUCGGUCAGGUGCAGGAUUGUCUCGACAAGAAGAUGUGCGGCAAGAAUGAGGACGAGGAAGAGACUAUCGUUAAGUUUAAGGUGUAUCACGAGUGUUUCGGCAAAUGCAAGGGCAUCUUCGACGCGGAGCUGUUCGCAACGGAUGACUCGCCGUGCAUCGAGUGUCUGGAAUGCGGCUAUCAGUUCUCUCCUCAGCGUUUCGUGAGACACGCUCACAGAUCCUUGGAAAAUCGCACCUGCCACUGGGGUUUCGAUUCGGCGAAUUGGCGAUCUUAUCUGUUGCUCUGUCGCGAUCAGCAGCACUACAAUAAAUCGCUCGUUCUUUUUCGUGAACUGAAAGACAGGCCUCUCUCGUCAAACACCAAACGAAAGUUAGAGCUACGAAGCGAAUACGAAAGAUUAACCAAACGCACAAAGAAGGAUCCAGGAAAGGAUGACUGUGCUGGAAUCUACAAUGCCAACGGAUUGGGGAUGUACCAUCCUGUGUCCCAAAUGUCCGCGACCGAUCCGUAUUUUCAGAUGCAGUGGGCGGUUCUCGAGUUAGCCAGAGGUGCAUCUGCAUUUCGGCCUUGGAACGGCAAUUGCAAGCUCAGAGCCAACUCAUCGUUGGCACCUCCAUAUCUCAGUCGUGGUCCGCCUGUACUGCAGAAUCCCGAACGGGUUAUUCCGCUUUCAGAGUGCGAACGUUUCGAGCCACACUUUCAGCCUAACGUGGCACUGGCGCCCGUACCGACGCUUGCUCAGAUACCGCCUCUUCAUCAUCAACAGCGACGGCAUUAUCACGAGCAACGCUGUCACAAUAAUCAUCGUUUGUCGAGUCCCAUUAAUGAGAAGCAGGAACAGCCGCUCUCGUCGGCCAACGUCAAAAUGGAAAAGAAAUCGCCAAGUCAGCAAGCACCCGCUGUCGGUUCUUAUCCAACUUACUACGUAUCCGAGGAUAGAAGACAGAAGGAAGCGACACCGCCGAAAGACAUAAAAACGUCAAAGAUGGGCGAGGAAGAGGAAGAGAGCGCGGCAGUUACGUCGUCCACGGUGAACGUGGGACCACCUUCGUUGGCUGCUUCUUCCGGUGGCACUCCCUCGGCAUACUCAUCGGAUAGCGACUCAGAGUCAACCAAGACCGACCUUGAAGAGCAAUUAAGAGCGUUGCAUGUGCCACAGGAUGUGAUAGAAAUGGCACGUCUCAUGAUGUUGGAAAACGCGCAGCUGCGACGACUUCGGCGAUCUGACAAGCGCGAAAUCUCGAAACUGCGUAGUCAAUUGCAAAGGCAAGAAUUACAGCAGCAGCAGCAACAACAACAACAACAACAACAGGCCGCCGUUGCCGCCGCCUCCGCUGUUGUCAUCAGUGAGACCCAAGACAAGAAGGAAGAAGUGACAGCAACGGCACCGCGAGCUAGUGCGGCCGACAGCACUGAAACAGGUAGCGAGGACGCUGACGCUGCGAGUUUACCAUCGGACAAUAAAGAGUCUGGGUCUGCUACCAGCGUGCUAGCGACUAAUAACGAGUCGGAUCAGUGAUUGGGAGAUGACACGAAAACUCAUUUAACACGCAUAUAAACACACAACUGCUCAGCGAUUAUCGCGAUGACGCUCAUCCGUUGGCCGAAUAAGCGUGCACUGAAUUUAGUACUUUAGGUAUACAUAUAUAUAUAUACAUAUAUAUAUAUUACAAUUCUAAACGAAACGAUAAAUUUAUCUAGGUUUAUGUGAUACGCGACGAGCCUUUGAAUGUUAUAUAUAUCGAUACGUUAUUAUUUUGAAGUUUGUACUGAGUAAAACCACGUGCUGUCCAACUGGAAGUAUUGGGCUGCAGAGGAAUUUUUGCGCGCAAUUUAUCCGCGCUUGCGCUUAGCUAGAUUCAGACCGAUCGGCCGACUCAUCGUCAUUGGAGAGAUAGCUUGUCUUCUGCGUUACUUUCUGCUUUUGUUACAAAGGUAAGACAUUCGCAGUAUAGAAAGAAAAACGGUGCGAUCCACGUGACUCACGUGGAACGCACGUUAGAAAAAAAAUAAAACAGCUCUGUUUACACAUAACUCUAGUCUCAAUAAUCACGACAAAAAACUUGAAUUAUAAUCGUUCUAAGAUAAACAAUAAAUCAUUUAUAUUUUAUAACAGAUGUUUUUUUUUUUUUUUUUUUUACAUUAUCGCUGAUAGUUGUGUCUCUCGUGCAAAGUCAAAAGAUUUUCUUGAUUGCAUCAUCAACUUUUAUUAUCAACUUUAAUCCGCGUAAUUGCCGCGUUUAAUCAAUAUUGACGCAUGUUUUAUAUCAUUUUAAAAAUAAAAGAGACAACUAAAUUUAUGUAAAACUAGUUUUUAAUUAGUUUGUUAUGAAGGUAGGAAAAAUAAUCUCUUCGCGUGUGUGAAACUCUUCUUUGUGACGUCACGUUCUUGACACUGGCAGUGAAUGUAAUCGGAAUGCAAUCUAUGUGUGUGGUACACACAUCCUUUUCCUGUUUGCAUUAUCGCGAAUAUUAACGAAAGGCACACACGCGUCUUUCUUCGUCGAAUGUGCGCUUUGAAGACAAGUUAUUGUUGGCCCGCUUGUUUCCCGAUCGUGGACGAGACGGACUUUGAAAAAGAAAAACCCAGCGGACACUUUCCGAUGGGAGAUGUGACAAAAAAAAAAAAAAAAACCAAUAUGUGUCGCAGGUUGGACAGCUACGUCAAGUAUACCUGUAUCGGUCGAUUUUUUCAUUAAAAUCGAAAUGUAGAUAUUGUAUUAUACACGAGACAAGGGAGAAAUGUAGAUCUAAGAGAGAUAAUACCGCGCCAAGAAAAAAACAAGUUACUUUUAACGACGGAACAUUACUUCGUACACAUUAAAAAAAAAACAAAUGCGAGAUUGUUUUUAAGAUUAUAUAAUUUUGAUCCCUGUUAAAUAAAGGAAGAGGAAAUAAAAAUAACACACGAGAGAAAGCGAACGAGCGAUUGAGCAAGUGAGUGAGAGAGAAAAACAAUUUAUAGUAAAAUUAAUUUAGAGAUUGUGCUUUCCAUUCAGAUCUUUGUAGUCACGAUCGCGUUUAUUGUAAAUAUACAACUUGGCGUUAUACAUAUAUACAUAUAUAUACAUACACAUAUAUAUAUAUAUAUAUAUAUAUAUAUAUAGAUGUAUGUUUGUAAUAAUUAAUUAAACUCAUCAUGACGAAGAAAAUAAUGCUAAAGUACAAAAAAACCUAGGUGCUAUAUUGUUAUUCUAGGUAUGUUGUAAACAUAAAAACCUAGGUGUGUUCCAACAAAUUGUACUACAUUGUAAUAUUUAGAACGUCACGCUACACGUUCCGCUACACGAAAUUGCCGCGAUUACAAUUUUGUGAUAAAAACAAAAAAACAACAAAAAAAAACAAAAGGAAUCUGCUUUUUCGGAACUCGGUUCACGCCUAAUGAGAACGACGGGAAGAAUUUUUCCUUGAUUUUUAUUUCUUCUUUUUGUACGUAACAGUAGGACCAUAACUCGAAUUGUUGUUGGUAGUAUUUGCGUUGGAAUGGUUUUGCAUCGGCGAUUGAAUUGUCGUUAUCGAAAUUUGAUUUUUUUUCAUAAUGGCAGAAGCACACGGUGUAAUUUAUUAAAUGACACUUUGUAAGAUAGAUCGUCAACGAUCGUGAUUAUAUAUUGUAGUGUUUUCUUUUUUCUUUUUUUUUUUUUUUUUUUU